CUGGAGGAUGCAGGAGCGGAGGCUGUAGUGUGCGCUCGCUGGCGGCCGGGCCCAGGGCACCCGUGCGAGGGGGGAAAUGCACCUGCUGCUGCUCUUCCCCCUCCUCUUCCGGCUCUCAGGCUCAUCAGGUGUCAUCAUGGGUCCAGAAGAAGCGAGAGGCCCUGAGCGGGGCUCGCUGACCGUGCAGUGUCGCUAUGUCCCACGGUGGGAGAAGCACGUGAAGUACUGGUGUCGAGGAUCUGAUUUCAGUAUCUGUAGGAUCCUUGUUAGAACCGCGGGAUCAGAGCAGGAGGUGAAGAAGGACCGUGUGUCCAUCAGGGACAAUCAGACCAGCCGUGUGUUCACCGUGACCAUGGAGAAGCUCAGGCGGGAGGAUGCAGACACUUAUUGGUGUGUGAUUGAGAGAGUCGGAUCUGAUCAUGGCGCCCCAGUUAAAGUGACCGUUGGCCCACGUAAGAGAGUGUGUGUGUGUGGCUGUGUGGCUUCAGGGCCUGCUCUGUCCUGGUCCCUGGAGGUCCCUUUCAGGGACUGUGCUCACUCAGAGGGAACUGUCCCAGAGGGUGGUUGAGUCCUGAGGUCUCACGGACCCCGCUGCUCAUGUGGGCUCGGAGGGGCAGGGCUUCUCUUAGCGGCUCUCGGGCUCUGGGGGCUACUCCAGGACGGGGCCAGGCCUCUCUGGGCAACUGAGUUUCUCUGCCCAGCUCUGGGCCUGACCUGUUGCCCAGAGAGAUCACAGUGACGGCCCCCGGUUCAGCCUGGGGGCCAUAGGGACCCUCCUUGGUGGGACCCAGAGAUCCCAGUUCCUUCCAGUGCUGCCCUGGGACCUCUGGUGUCCAGGUGUCCCUGCGGUCUGUGGAGUUUGGAGUCGGGACUCACAGCUGCUGAUCCCGUCCCUGGUUCCACAGUUGGGGUGCUGUCCCCAGUGCCUGAGGUCUGGAGAGGCCUCCACAGUCAAGGAAUUGCAUUCUGGGAGCCUGUAUUCCAUUCAUGAGCUGGGUAUGCACCUGGGCUUAAGACAGUGUCUUUCUAAGUCCUAGAGGCUGACUCUUCUGAGAGUAUCUUGGUUUGAACAAGCUCAUCUGAUGGGCUCUGCUUCUGCUGACCCUCGGACAGCCAGUGUCAGCUCACCGGGCAUUUAUGGGGGCAGCCAAGGGACACACUCCACAGAGUCCCCACCACACCGGAACCUGGGGGGGGCGUUACAGUUACAGAGUGCCUCACACUCGUUGUCUCAUGGAUUCCUGACUGUGUAUCCAAGCAGGAACUAUUUUAGUUGUAGAGAUGUAAUAGCUUGUUCGAUGUAGAGGCUCCUCCUGAACACUGUGGUUUUGUUCAGGGCUGGUCUUGACCUUGGAGUCUCUUGGGUAUAUUAUCCCCCAGGCAGCCCCCCUCCUGCCCCAUCCAUACUGGAUAAAUCAGACAGGGGAGAAUUGGGCCUGAGUUGUGUCCCAUGCAGCACGCCCUCUUGGACCAGCGCCCAGACACAGCACCUUCUGAGGCCCUGAGUCUGCCAGAGGCCGAGGGGAUAGGGGUGGUCCGGGCUCCGGGCCCCUCCCAUGGCCCUGCUCCAGGCUCCUGAGCCAGGGCAGCCCCCACGCCUCCAGGCUGAGAGCCACGUGCAGGGCUGGGGGAGGGGGCAGGCAGGGUGAAGUGUAAUAUGUUCUUUGUGCCAAGCAACGACUACAGUGUCGACCACCAUCCCCACCACCACGU